AUGAGAUUGGAGAGGUCUGUGCUUGCUGCCACUAGGUCUGCUCGUGCUGCCGCUGCUGUCGUUCAAACAUCCACGUAUUCCUUCCUCCCUCCCCCGUUCCUCGAGUCAAUUGCAAGUGGUGGUGGUGCUUCUCUUCCUGGUGCUGGUGCUGCUGCUGUUGCUGCUGCUGCUGUUGCUGCCCUUCCUGCUCUCCCUCCUGCUACUGCAUCUGCAUUGGUUAUAACUCCAUACCCACAAGACUCUCAAACGACACCUGCUGAAGCACCACCCUUUCCUCCACAUCCCCCUCUCCCUCCCUCCCUCCCUCCUCCACCCCUCUCACCCCCCUCUCCCUCCCUCCCUCCUCCACCCCUCCCGUCCCCUAUCCCGGUCUCACCACCUCUCUCCCUCUGCACAGAAAUUGUUUCCGGAUUUCCUAUCAAGGAGAGGGAAUGA